AUGCCGGAAAUGGUGGCGAUGGAGGCAAUGGUGGAAACGGAGGAGAUGGAGGAAACGGAGGAGACGGUGGCAAUGGUGGAGAUGGAGGAAACGGAGGAAACGGAGGAGAUGGAGGAAAUGGAGGAGACGGUGGAAACGGAGGAGAUGGAGGAAACGGGGGAGACGGAGGAAAUGGAGGAGACGGAGGAAACGGAGGAGACGGAGGAAACGGGGGAGAUGGUGGAAACGGAGGAGACGGAGGAAACGGAGGAGAUGGUGGAAACGGAGGAGAUGGAGGAAACGGUGGUGAUGGUGGCAACGGAGGAGAUGGAGGAGAUGGAGGAAACGGAGGAAAUGGAGGAAACGGGGGAGAUGGUGGAAACGGAGGUGAUGGUGGCAACGGAGGAGAUGGAGGAAAUGGGGGAGAUGGUGGCAACGGAGGAGAUGGAGGAAACGGUGGUGAUGGUGGCAACGGUGGUGAUGGUGGAAACGGAGGAGAUGGAGGAAACGGAGGAGACGGAGGAAACGGAGGAGAUGGAGGAAACGGUGGUGAUGGUGGCAACGGUGGUGAUGGUUGAAACGGAGGAGAUGGAGGAAACGGUGGUGAUGGUGGAAACGGAGGAGAUGGAGGAAACGGAGGAGACGGAGGAAACGGAGGAGAUGGUGGAAACGGUGGUGAUGGAGGCAAUGGUGGAGAUGGAGGAAACGGAGGAGAUGGUGGAAACGGUGGUGAUGGUGGAAACGGAGGAGAUGGAGGAAACGGAGGAGACGGAGGAAACGGAGGAGAUGGUGGAAACGGUGGUGAUGGUGGCAACGGAGGAGAUGGAGGAAACGGUGGUG